AUGCCCUACACCGGCGACGGGAGGAGUAAAGGCGGAGGGGGUGGAGGGUUGGCCAGCUGGUUGAGCGGUAGCGCGGGGGCAGCGGACGCACUGGGUCUAUCCCACGACCCAGAGACCCGCAAUAGCCCCGGGCCCGGGACAUCGAAAGACGCCACAACGCCAAACAUGACACCCACCCAACCCCAGCAAACACGUACCGGGCAAAGUACCGCCGGUUCGAACGUAGCGACCCCCAAAAGCACGACCGCCACCACCACAGCCGCAUCCCGCUUCAUGUCCGCCCUCUCCUCCCGCUUCAACCCUACCACACCCACAACCAGCCCCCUUCCCAGCGUCGCUACCGCCCACCCGCAAGACGAGAUAUGCACCCUCAACAUCGAAGCCGCUCUCUUCCCUUCGUCCCCGUCUUCGCCCUCGGGGGCGGCACGGGACGCCUUCUCACCCUCGGCCUUCAAAAACCUACACCUCAACGCCGUCGGUCUACUCAAUAAAAUGCAAACCGCCUAUCGCGAGCAAGCCGCCACGUUACGCGACCUCCAAGCGGAACGCUCUGCACAGGGGGACGAGGUCGAGGAGGCCGUUACGCGCGCAGAGCACCUCAGGAUACAACUGGAAGGCAUGGCACGGAAGGCGGCGGAGCAAGAACAGGCAAUAGGGGCGCUUGAGGCGGAAUUGGAGGGGGAGCGGAAAGCAAGAGCGCGGGCAGAGGCGGCUUUGGGCUGGACAGCAAGGCGAGCUCCAUCGUCUGUAGGAGAAGGCGCAUCGGUGGUGUCGGAAGAUUUGGGGGUUGAAGAGGAAAGGAGAAGGCAAAGGAGAGAAAGUAGACACCGGAAGAGCGUUGCUGAUGGUUUGUCGGGCGAGGAGGAUACUACCACGGACGACGAGAACGAUAGUGCGGGGAGCGAGAGCGUCUUCUCGAGAUCCCGGAGCCCGGCCCUACCUCUACAGUCGCCGCUACAACAGGCGCACACCGUCAGCAGUAUGUCGGACGCGGCAUCCAUCGUGGGGGUGGCGGAUGCGUCCGGGACCCCGCAGGUUGCGAAGACCCCCAGGAGUGGAUCAGUGAAUGCCACGCCCAAACAGAGGCCGAUGAGCGCGUUCCAGAAGAUUUUCAAGGGCAUCUCGCGCGAGGAUGCGGGAUGUUUGAAUUGCAAGGGGCAGGACGCGAGCGUGGCGUGGGACACGGUUGGCUUGCUGAGGGACGAGAACAGGCAUCUGAAGACCAGAAUUGGAGAGCUUGAAGUUGCGGUGGAAGGGGCAUUGGAUAUGGUCAACGGGAUUGGGCUAUAG